AUCUCUUGUCAUGGUUAAUAUUUCUCUUGUUAACCAACUAAACUAACCUUAGAUUCUGAACCUGUCACAUAUAUACUAACUGACUUGUCUUCUUUUGUUCUCUGUACUUUGCAGGAGCUCUAAAUUAUGAUUAUGGAAUACAUUUUUUCAUUGUGUCUAUCAUCGCUUGUGUUUGUUGAGGUAAGAGCAAAAUAUUUGGAGGAUAUGAAGAAACUGGGAGUUAUUUAUGGCUAAUUCAACAACCCUCAAGAGAUUCAAACUCUCCGUUUAGAUCAGAUAGAGGAAAUAAAUUAUGUGAUCCUCAACGAGCUCUUUGCAUUGGCAAGAAAAUCUGUCACGUGUGAAGUUGUUGUUCAACCACAUGUAUGUUUUCACUAGAUCUUCCAGUUAAUAGAGGUAUGUUAAGUAACGUUUGUUUAUAACAUAUACUGUAUCCCACGGAUAAGAGUUAGCAAAAAUCUCUAAUAAUUAGUUUACCAAAAAAAAAAAAGAUCUAGCUAUAAGCACACAAAAGUCCAACAAUAAAAAGCAGUCACAUAAUACUGAAUAGUGAAUACUAAUAAACCACACUAAUAAUGAGCCACUCUUCAACUAUGAAUAUGACAAUAUUAGCAAUUUAUUAAGUUUUGUAGUCUCUUACGGAACAUAUUUUCUUAGUCAGGAACUUAAUAAGACAUAUAUAAGAAAUUGAUCAUGAGAAAAAAAUUGUUUCCUUUUUUUCGUAUUUUAUAAUGUUGAAAGUAAAAAAAAAAAUCUCAAAAAAAUUUCUCAAAAAAAAUCGUAAAAAAAAAUUGAAUGCUUUUCUCCACGAAAUAUACAUUUCUUUGUCAUAUUAACUCAAUUUUGCUAUUGUUAUAUUAUUGCUAAAUUUAUAUAUAUGCGGAAUAACAAUACCAAAAUGUUACUUUCGUUUUGUAACUAUAUACUAUCAGAAGAAUGAAAGGUGAGAAAUGUCUUGGUAUGCUGUUCUUGGAGAUACAAGAGCACAAACACAUAUUUAUCAACUAGUUGCAAUCAUGAACACUGUAUUGUGUAUAUAUACGAACUCACCAGCUUAGUUCAUAUGUGCCUAACCCAAAUUACCAUUGAACUAGAUCCACUCUCUUUCUGUCUCUAUAUAUAGAUCCACUCUAUCAUUCAUUCACACAGAAACAUACUUACCAAAUCUAAAAAAUAAAGCCAAAACUUUUAUUUCUUCAUUAAACAAUUAAUCUCUAAUAUUAUCAAAUCAGUUAUACGGAAUGGCACAUCCAAGGAUCCCCAUUUCAACUAUUUGCUUAUUGCUUUGUAUUGUAGGUUUUGUCUCGCAAUCUUGUGAGGCUAGAAAGGUUGUAAUGCCUUACGACGCAAGCAAUGGAUUGUUUCUUAGUGUUUUACCAAAGGGCAAUGUGCCACCUUCGGGUCCAAGCGACAAGGGUCACACUUCUCCGCCUAAGGAUUAUUCCGAUCAACAUAUGGUUCAGGGAAACUCGGCGGAGAUUUACCGCCAACUAGGAUCGGUCCCUAGCCCCGGCGUUGGUAAUUAGGCACAUUAUAUCACCGACUUAUAUUGUCGAUUUCAUUUCAUAAUAUUAUCAUAUAUUGUAAGUCGUCUUUUCUUUUUUUUUUGUCAUCUUUUUUUUGUCAUCAUAUUGUAAGUCGUCUAAUGAUUAAUGUUUGUGUGUCUUCAUAAAAUGAUAUGGUGCCGGCUAUAUAUUGAAGUUGUUGUGUUUAUGUGUGAUCUGUAGUUGAGUAAUAAAACCACUAUCUUACACUUGUAAUAUGUCUAUGUGUGUGUGUUGGCAUAUGGUAUCGUACAUACAUGUAUGUAAAGACUAAAGAGAUCUAAAACUGAAAAAAAAAAAUACAUUUUUAAAUGAUAUUGUUCAUGAUUUUUUUUAAUUUUCGAGUGCUAUAGUUUACAAAUUCCAUUUGUGGCCAUAUUUACAUUACUUCAUUUCUAGCUAGUAGUGUAAUAGUUAAGCUUACAGUAUAAGUUCACAAAUUUAAUUAAGUCCAAAGAUUAUAGUAAUUACUAAAGAUUUUAAGGAACAAGUUUUUAACGAAAGAAAGAAAGAUUCAGGACGAUCCGAUUACACAUAUAUAAACAUGAACAUUUGACUAGUGCCCACUAUGACUAGUGCCCACUAUAAUCGAGAAAAUAUAAAUAGUUUGCGUACGUAAACUAAAUUCAUCAGUAACGAAGCUAAUGGUAUAAUCCUAUAGCUUUUAAAGUGAAUAAGCUUUGCUUUGGCACCUUUCUGGACAA